AGAAAAAACAUAGCGGACCGGACCGACCCACAUUGGUUCAACGGCCCACCGGGACGAUGCCCACCCCUGCUUAUUACACAGGUUCUCAAGCUACAGUAGCUACUCGAACUGUUGCUGUGGGCAACACCACAUCCAGCCUUAUCCCACUGUGUUCGUCAACUCCACUGAAGCGGAAAACAGAACCACCUGGCUGCCCACCAACCAAGCGUCCGCACAUGGAGUUUACCUCACUUGAGGAAUCUGUAAUUAGCUGCAACUUUGCAGAUCAUGAAGGGUCCAGCUACCUCCCCAGCUUGAAUUGGUUGACACCACCAGAACUGACCAAGCAAUGAAGUGGGAAGCAGUACACGCAUGGAAAAGGAGGGGCUGAUCUGGAGUCUGCAGUAUCUCGAACAAUCUGGUGUUAAAGUGGCCUCCCUGGUGACAGACCGACACAGCCAGGUUCAAAAAUCUAUCCGGGCGCAAAAACCAGACAUUGACCACUUUUAUGAUGUGUGGCACUUAUGUAUAGCACUCACUAAGAAGGUGGAUGCCAUCUCCAAGGAAAAGGUGAAACGGUGGCAAAAAGGUAUCAAAACUCACCUUCACUGGUCAGCAUCGGGUUCAUCCAGUGGAGAGGAAACCGUGGCAAAGUGGACAUUCCUUAUCAACCACAUCCAGAAUGUUCAUGUCCAUGACAUUCCACUCUUCCCAAAGUGCAUCCAUCCCUGUACCACUGACAAAAACAAAAAACCUGGACCACCACAGACGAAAACCUGAUGUUUACACCAGCCAGUCCAGGAUCCUGGACAUACAGAGGGCUGAGAGGGAGGUUCUGAUCAAUCGAACAGCGGAACUGUGCACCGCUGAACGAAGGCGCACCAAUGCUGUGAUAGAGAGACUUGGGCUCAACAUCCAGCAGAAACCCUUUUAUCCACCUGAGGCCGCAGUUAGCCCCAGAGGACGGCCUACAUCAUCCCGUCCUCACCAUGUGGAGCCGGUCCGCAGACACCAGAGGGGUCUUACAAGGAAGGAGGAGGAGGAGAUGUACAUGGGCAGAGACUGUUACAGCCCAUCAACAUCUAUCAGCUUAGUGGACAGUCACACUCCCACAGAGCUGACCUCAAUCCGGUUUAUUCAGACUCCUUCUCCAACGCCACCCUUUACGCCUUCUCCUCCACCUCUUCCUCCAGCAGCUCCUCUACCCAGGAGACGUGUGUCCCGUCUCCCUGUGAUGUUGUUGGACCACAAUGCAGGAGUGAAAGUAUUAGCCGGAGGACACAAACUCCAGACGGCUAAAGCUAAGGUGGAAGAAAUCCAAAAGACAGUGGAGAACCUUCAGCAGAAAUCCACUGUCGAUGUACGCCAACAUCCAGUGGCACCAAGAAGGAGACCUGCUCCAGCUCCAGUUCGAGCUCCAGCUCCAGCUCCAGCUCCAGUUCGAGCUCCAGCUCCAGCUCCAGCUCCAGUUCGAGCUCCAGCUCCAGCUCCAGGUCCGGUUCGAGCUCCAGCUCCAGUUCGAGUUCCAUCUCCAACUCCGGCUCCUCCCAUGACACCUGCCCCACCCAAGAAGAAAGGAACUCGACGUGGGACAUCCCUGCGCCCUCUCAAGACUGUCAGCAGAGGACAGACUGCUGAAGACAAAAUUGAGGAGCUGCAGCCACUGUCCAAACCUGCAGAGGGACUGACUCUCUGCUUGAUGGACCUCACCUCAGACAACUGGGAGAAGAAAAGGGAGGCCCUGCAGAAUCUGAGAGCUCUGGCCCAACACCAUCAGGACACACUGAUGACCAAGCUUCAUGAAGUGUGUCUGGCUCUGAUAGAGGAGGUUAACAAUCUGCGGUCCUGCGUGUCCUGUGCAGCGAUGGACACCCUGGUGUACCUGUAUGUCUACCUCCAGAAGGACAUGGAUAAUCAGGCAGAGAGGACAGGCCGUGUUCUGCUGCUGAAGAUUGCGCAGGCAAAUGCAAACGUCUUCAUACAGCAGCAGGCCAACUUGGCCCUGGAGGCUAUGGUGAAGAACUGCAGCCCUGGUCGUGUCCUGACCACUCUCCUGAACACAGGACUGAACCACCUAAGUGCUGCAGUGAGGGCCAGCACAGCUCAGCAGCUCCGCUUGCUGGCUGACACAAUGGGAGCAGCCGCCGUCUUGUCAGCAGGAAAGACCUUCAGCACGCGCUUUGUGACUGCAGUCUGCAAGACGUCCCUGGACGCUGCCGCUGAAGUCAGGCCCCAUGGACAUGCCAUCCUCCAUCAACUGGCAAUCCAUCCUGACUUCAUGGAGAUGUGGAAUCACACCAUCUCCGAAAAGGAUCGACCAACCCUCGCAAGAAUCCUCAGGACAGCGCAGAGGAUGUAGAAGAGGACGUUGAGGAGGAGAGGGUAGCAGUGGUCAGCACUGCCACCUUGCAUGUUCUCACUGUGUCUGCAUGGGUUUUCUCCGGGUGCUCCGGUUUCCUCCCACAUUCCAAAGACCUGAAAAAAAAAAGGGCAGCACAUACAGUGACAUGCUAUGAAGGCGCCAUGGAUGUGCUUCAUUCAGGAGGCACAAUCAUGAAUGUCUCUUCCAGACACCUGGUACUCCUCCUCCUCAAUCUCCAGAAAAGUGUCCCAUCUCCCUCAGUUAGGUCCUAUGGAUAUGCCAUCACCACCCCUAGGAGAGGAGAGAAGGGCAGAAAGGGCAGCAUGGUGGUGCAGUGGUCAGCCAUUUCACUGCACACAAACAUGGAGCAGCUGCUUCUGUCUGUGUGGAGUUAGCAUGUUCUCACCGUGUCUGCAUGGGUUUUCUCCGGGUGCUCCGGUUUCCUCCCAAACUUCCAAAGACCUGGAAAAAAAAGGACAGCAUAUACGGUGACUUCCUAAGAAGGUGCCAUGGAUGUGCCUCAUUCAGGAGGAGCAGCUUCAGUCAACUCCAUCUUUGCUGAAGCCUUUCAUGUGAACUGUUAAAAACCAAUCAAUAAAAUACACUCCAAUCAUAC